AGUUGCAUUAUGGGAGACAGAUGAUUGACACGGCCGCCAUUUUGCUCCAGCUCUCCCUGCUUCCAUUGUGUGAGAGAUAGUAAAUAUCUGACACUGCCAGACAACCACAACACACUUGUAUCCGUGCGGACAAAAAGCGUAAAAUUCACCCCCGGUGAUCCUUCGUCGUAAUGGCUCGUACCAAGCAGACCGCCCGUAAGUCCACAGGAGGAAAGGCUCCUCGUAAGCAGCUGGCCACCAAGGCUGCCCGUAAGAGUGCCCCCUCCACUGGUGGUGUCAAGAAGCCCCAUCGUUACAGGCCCGGCACUGUGGCUCUGAGAGAGAUUCGUCGGUACCAGAAGUCCACUGAGCUGCUGAUUCGUAAGCUGCCCUUCCAGCGCCUGGUGAGGGAAAUCGCUCAGGACUUCAAGACUGACCUGCGUUUCCAAAGCGCUGCCAUUGGAGCCCUGCAGGAGGCCAGUGAGGCAUACCUGGUGGGUCUGUUCGAGGACACUAACCUGUGUGCCAUCCAUGCCAAGCGUGUCACCAUCAUGCCCAAAGACAUCCAGCUGGCACGCCGCAUUCGUGGAGAGCGCGCUUAGACGGCAUAAUGUUUCACUUCUGUCCUGUUUUCUCUACCUGUCCCUGGCCCCAUUCCUUCGUUCUACCCCGCCCGCCCUCACCCAUCCCCAUCACUCUCCCUCCCCAGCCUGCCCAGCUUCUCAGUAGACUUUAGAGUAAUCCUGAUUAUGAAGAGAUAGAAAUAUGUUGAAGUCUGGUCUCUCAUAGGUUUUUGUCUUCACCAAAUGUUUUUAGGGUACUUUUUUUGUGCAUGUUAGAGGUUUCGCAGAUCAGACGCACAUGUGCACACAUACUCAAACACGCCUCUCUGAGAUGGGCGGUGCCUCAAAAUGUGAAGCCUGCCAUCAAGCUUACCUGGAUUCUUCCAGGGUGGGAGGCCAGCGAUGUGGUUUGUGUGGCAAACAGAGCUGAAGCGGAGGGAUGUAGCUGAGGGGCUAGUCUGCUUAAGGGGAGCUGCAACUUCCACAGCAGGGUGCUAUUAAAACUAGUCCUGAGGCUUCUGCCCCAUCUGAACACCCUCCUCCCCUCCUGCCCAGUCCGUCCCUCUACACCCCAACUCCAACCUCACUCUGCGGCUGCAGCUGGACGGCUCGCUGCACCUUUUCAAAUCACCUCCUUCACUUCUGUAAACUGCACUGGGAGGGGAUGGCGGUCUGUUGGUCCGAUUGUGUGCAUGUGUGAGCCUGAUGUUGCUAAACCACUAGUACUCAAAAAACAAGAAUCUUUUGGUUGCUUAAGAGUAAUGAUUAUCGUUGUGGAUAUGGUGUUUAUUUUUUUUACGCAUAUAAUUGAUGGAUAAGCAUCUCUUCUCUUUACCACUUCCAAAAUCAUACAUUAAUUGACAAAAGCAAAUAAUACAGUCAACAUCAGUUUUUUUGUUACAGUGAUCUGAUUCGCUAUAGAAAAUCAGGAAGGGCUUCUCUGUUUUCCAAGGCAACUUCUAUUCUAAUGGCAGCCACACGGGGGCGAUGGUUUACCAUCUCCUCAUCUGUUCAGUAGUUCACUGUAGAUCAGUCACCACACAUUAUACUUCUAUCUCUCUCCAUCUUCACCUUCACAGAUAGACUUAAGACAGUCAAAGCAGUAUGAAUUGACAUUAAUAGUGGAAGUUACACUCUGCAUGUUUAGGGUCCGUGUCUCCUGCACUCUCUGUAGAUCUGAACAUAUAAUCUGUCCCUUUCUCAAAAUUUGUGAUACACAAUAUAACCUCAUAUUUGUUUUCUUUUAUAUUUUUCUUAUUCCUCGAGAUUUUCAGACGUAUAAAUAAGCUGAUCUUUGUAUUUUCCAAAUUUCUCAUAUUAUGGUGGUAAUAAAUAGGUGUCAAAACAAA